AUUUAUUAUUAUCCUGCAAGUUUCUAAGGCUUCAUUGGGGAGUAAAUGUUUUCAUUGCAAUUAUCAUAAAGUAUGCUGUAAUAUGUUUUCUGUUUAACAAUACACAUAUUUCACCAUAUACACAUAUGUGACCAUUAAUACUUAAAGAUAACAUUUUGUUUUUUCUUAUUUGUGACCACAUUUAAAAUUAUAUAUGUUUGAUACAUUAUGAUAAUAAUCAUCAAACCCUACUGUUAACAAUCUUUAACGGCUCUAACAUUUUAGCUGACAGUCACAGAAAUGUUUGUCCAUGAACAGGAGCUAUAUGAGUUGAUGUGUCAUUUUCAUCAACAUAUGACAAAAUACUUUCCAAGGUCCCAAGUAUCAUAUGAUUCAUCUAACUGGACAUAACUUAUAUCAAAUAUUAUACCUGAUUGAUUUUUCAACAUUUCAAACAAGGUUACAGCUGACAGAAACAGUGAUGCAAGAUGAAUGAUUCAUUGUGUUUAAUAGCAAUUUCUAUUUCUUUCUCUUUGGAUCCCUAUGUUAUUGGAUCAGCUCAUGCUCAUCAGAGAUACCUUCACCACUGCGUUUGUAAAAAACCUGAUUGUUGUUCUGGUCUGGCUCAUCCUCAGUUACAUCAACGGCACCUUGGUUGCAACUUUUUUUAAACACCAGGAUUUUUAUGAAGACCCUCGUUACAUCCUCUUCAUCCACAUGGUGAUCAAUGAUGCCAUUCAGCUGACCGUCACAAUCACACUUUUUGUCCUCAGCUACAUCUUCUACAAGAUUAACGUCUCUUUCUGCUGCUUCUUCAUCCUGGUGGCUGUCUUUACAACCAGAAACACCCCAGUCAACUUAGCUAGCAUGGCCAUAGAGCGCUAUAUUGCCAUUUGUGAGCCUUUACGCCACCCCCAAAUCUGCACAGUGAGAAGGACUUACAUUGUGAUCGGGUUGAUUUGGUUCAUAUGUGUGGCUCCAGAUAUCACAGAUCUCUUUGUGACGCUGGCAACAGAGUCCCUGAGCUUCUUUCAUGAGCGUGUGUUCUGCUUGCGCCAGAAUGUGUUCAAAGACCCGAUCCUGGCGUAUAAAAGACAAGUCUUUGAUAUCAUCUACUUCUCCUGUGUGUUUCUGACUCUGGUUUUCACCUACUUGAGGAUCCUGUUUGCAGCCAGAGCGCUCUCCACAGAGAAGGCAUCAGCCCAAAAAGCCAGGAACACCAUCUUGCUGCAUGGGGCCCAGCUGGCCAUGUGUAUGCUCUCAUACAUCUCCCCUAGUGUGGAGAUUGUCCUGCAUCUAAUCUUCCCCGGCCGAAUCCUAGAAAUCAGAUAUGCAAACUACUUGAUUGUCUACAUCCUGCCCCGCUUCUUGAGCCCAAUAAUCUACGGCGUCAGGGACAAAAAGUUCAGGAAGUAUCUCAAGAUGUAUCUUCUAGGCGGCAGGUGCAGGGUCAAACUGCAGACAGUGGCCCCUGGAUGA